AUGCAUCCUUUUGACUUCCUGACUGCACUUUGCUUGGGAAUAGUCUCCGCUACUAUAGAGCUUGAUCAAAGUUUAGAUGCACAGUGGAUCCGGUGGAAGGAGACACAUGGAAAACAAUAUGGUGUGGUUGAAGAAUGCAGAAGAGCCGUGUGGCAGAAGAAUAUGAAAAUGAUUAUGCAGCACAAUAGGGAAUACCUUCAAGGGAAACAUAGCUUCUUGAUGGCAAUGAAUGGCUUUGGUGACAUGACCGAUGAAGAAUUCAGGCACAUGAUGAUUGGUCUUAAAAUCCAAAAGAAUGAGAAUGGGACAGUGUUUAAAGUCCCUUUCCCUGCUGGUAUUUCCUUACCUAUGAAUAGGAGACAGACACCUGAUAUUAGUCUUGGUCGGUGUGCUUCUGGCUGGGCUUUUAGUGCAACUGGUGCCAUCGAAGGACAGAUAUUCCGGAAAUACGGCAAACGUGUUUCCUUGAGUGUGCAGAACCUCCUGGACUGCUCUCAGGCUGAAGGCAAUGAGGGCUGCAAUGGUGGUCUAAUGAGUAAUGCCUUCCAGUAUGUUAGGAACAACAGAGGUCUGGACACAGAAGAAUCCUAUCCAUAUGUUGCAAGAGAUGGACCCUGCAAAUACAGGCCUGAGUAUUCUGCUGCCAAUGUCACUGCCUUUCAGACAAUUCCUAGGCGGGAGGAGGCCCUCUUGGUGGCAAUGAAAAACAUGGGAUCCAUCUCUGCUGCUAUAGAUGCAAGCUUGGAUACCUUCCGCUUCUAUAAAGGAGGCAUUUAUUAUGAUCCAAAGUGCAGCAGUGAAGACCUGAAUCACGGUGUUCUGGUGGUUGGCUAUGGCUUUCAAGGAAAAGAAUCCGAUAACCAAAAAUAUUGGUUUGUCAAGAACAGCUGGGGCACUGACUGGGGCAUGGGUGGCUACAUAAAAAUGGCCAGAGACCGGAAUAACAACUGUGGAAUCGCCACCAGGGCCAGCUUUCCUAUCGUGUGAGAUGAUGGUGAUGAAGAAGGCCUUGACUGAUAACAGAAUAUCCAGGAAAUGUAUUUUAUUCUAAAGUUGAUCACAUCUUAUUUUGUGGGGUAAAACACUUGAAUCACUGGAGAUCCAAGUUGUGACGAAUUCUGUUAGUGUUUACGCUGGUGACGAAACUACUUCUUUAAUCCCUGCUCUAAUCAACAGUGUGUGAUUAAGUUGCUUAAUAACUUUUGAAUGUUCAUGUUUUAAUUUUUUAAAAUUUAUUUUUGAAAGAGAGACAGGCAGACAGGGUGUGAGUGGGGGAGACCAG